AUGAGCAUCAAUGAUGAUGUACCUGAUGAGUCGGCAAUACCAAUGACAAUAAGGAGUCCCGAGACUUCUGUCAAGAAGGCUGUAUUCAGUGUUCAUGGAAUGACCUGUUCAUCAUGUGUGGGCAUCAUCGAAUCAUUCGUCUCUGGUGUCGACGGUGUAAUAUCCAUUCAAGUUGCCCUACUUCAAGAGACGGCAGAAGUCAGAUUCAAUCCAGCUAUAAUCAAUGAGGAGGGCAUCGCAGAACAAAUCAAUACUGUAGGCUUCGAAGCCAAACAUAUCAAACAAGCUGAGCAUAAUACAUUGAUGUUGGUCAUUGGAGGUAUGACAUGCUCGUCAUGCGUUGGUAUUAUAGAGAGUGUGAUCGGACAGAUGAAUGGUGUACAGGAGAUCAAAGUCAACCUUGCUCUCGAGAAUGCAAGAGUGGUCUAUGAUCCGGAUCUCACAGGUGCCAGGAAUAUCAUUACACAAAUAGAGGAUGUAGGCUUCACCGCAAAUCUACCAUCAAACAACCACGAGGACACAAAGAACGCACAAAAGGAGGAGAUAGCAAAGACCAAGAGGACGCUAUGUAUCAGUGUCUGUCUAACAGUACCUGUAUUUUUAAUUGGAAUGAUCCUACAUCGUAUUACAUUCUGUCACUUCCUUUUCACCAAUCAAGUUGUACAUGGAGUUAGUAUCGCGGACUUUUUGAUGUUUAUCUUCACGACACCGGUUCAGUUUGGUGUCGGUAGACGAUUCUAUAUCAAUGGAUACAAGUCUUUGAAACAUGGUGGCGCCAACAUGGAUGUAUUGGUGGCGCUGGGUACAAGUUGUGCAUAUUUCUACAGUGUGAUGGUGCUCUUGAUGGACUGGUCCAACCCCAAUUCAAAGCCAUCGUCAGCAGCCGAUAUGAAGACAUUCUUUGACACGUCGGCAUCACUUAUAACAUUCAUUCUACUUGGAAAGUACUUGGAGAUCAUUGCCAAGGGCAAGACUAGCGAGGCUAUCAAGAAGCUGAUGUCGCUGCAGGCCACCAAGGCCAUCCUGCUGGAUGUCGACCCUGUCACUGGACAGAUCCACGACGAGCGCGAGAUUGACAUUGAGCUGGUGCAGCGUGGCGACAUGCUAAAGGUACUACCCGGUAGCAAGAUCCCAACCGAUGGUAUCGUAGUCAGUGGCGUGUCCAGUGUGGACGAGUCCAUUAUCACGGGCGAGUCGAUGCCCGCGUCCAAGCAGACCAACGACAAGGUCAUUGGAGGCACCGUCAAUCAGAAGGGUGUGUUGCACAUCCGUGCCACACGUGUCGGUGGCGAGACCUCACUCUCACAGAUCAUCAGACUGGUUGAGCGUGCACAGACUGAGCGUGCACCAAUCCAAUCAAUCGCCGACAAGAUCAGCCGCAUCUUUGUUCCCACAGUCGUCACUCUUGGCCUGUUGACAUUCAUCGUCUGGCUGGUCUUGGGCUGGGCUGGAUGGAUCGACAAGUACAUCAACGACGCCAACAGCACAGUGUUCCAGUUUGCAUUGCGAAAUGCCAUCUCGGUCAUUGUUAUUGCAUGUCCCUGCGCACUGGGUCUGGCUACCCCCACCGCCGUCAUGGUGGGCACAGGUAUUGGCGCACAGAACGGUAUCCUGAUCAAGGGAGGCUCACAUCUAGAGACGGCUCACAAGAUCUCAGCGGUCAUAUUCGAUAAGACAGGUACACUCACCACUGGCAAGCCAAUCGUCAGCGAGUCACACAUCAUUGGCAAAUACGACAAGAAGUCCUUCUUUGAGCUGGUCGCGUCGGCAGAGGCAGCCAGUGAGCAUCCAUUGGCUGGUGCCAUCGUCAACUACGCCUUCACCGUGUGCGACGUCACCACAACAUCAGUGCCACAAGCUUUCGAAAGCAUUACAGGCUCUGGAAUCAAGGCCGUCAUCAAUGGCGUGAACGUACACAUUGGCAACAUGAAGUGGCUGACAUCGUUGGGACUUGCCUACGCGCCAACCCUCAGCGAGCAGACCAGAAACGACAUUGCCGGACAGAUCAAGCGUCUAGAGAACGAGGGCAACACCGUCGUCUUUGUCGUGUUGAACAAUGAGAUCUGUGGACACAUCGCCAUUGCCGACCAGUUGAAGCCAGAGGCUCGUCCAACAAUCACAGCACUCAAGAAGAUGGGCAUCUUCCCAUGGAUGGUCACAGGUGACAACCCUCGAACAGCCAAUGCCAUCGCGCAACAGGUUGGAAUCACACAGGUGUUUGCCGAGGUGCUUCCAUCAAACAAGUCAAAGAAGGUGCAGGAGCUCAAGCAACAGGGUCAUGUUGUGGCCAUGGUUGGAGACGGUAUCAACGAUUCGCCGGCUCUCGCCGAAGCCGACGUUGGCAUUGCCAUUGGCGCCGGUACAGACAUUGCCAUCGAAGCAGCCGACAUUGUGCUGGUCAAGUCUGAUCUGCGCGACGUAAUCACCGCCAUCAGUUUGUCCAAGAAGACAUUCAACCGCAUUCGUCUCAACUACAUGUGGGCCACACUCUACAACAUUCUCGGUAUCCCGUUGGCUGCUGGUGUGUUGAUCCCCGCUGGCAUCAGUAUUCCACCAGUGGUCGCUGGUCUUGCCAUGGCAUUCUCCAGUGUCAGUGUAGUAUUAUCAAGUCUCCAUCUCAAGACCUACAGGAAACCUGUGAUCAAGAUUAGCAAUGACAAUUCUGAAGCAAACGAACUAGACUUUAGAAAGAGCAAGAUAUCGUUCGAACUGCCGUCAAAGGGUGGACAGGUCGAGCAACAAUCAUUGCUUUCAAGAGAGGUUGAUCCAUAA